AUGGAAACGCCAAGUGUUCGUGUACUGGUCGUGGGAGACUCUGGCGUGGGAAAAACGGCGCUUUUACGAUCAAUCUGUCGCUUGGAGUCACUGAAUCUGUCGAGUAUUGACAAGUUAUCAACCUUGUGGACUACUGGUUGUGACGUCCACGUGCUUUUAAAGUGUCUAGGACCUUCAAAACGUGAAGUUUUUAUCGAAUUCCUUGACAUUGGAGGACAUCGUCAAUAUGAACUCAGUCGUCGUGCCUUUUACCAUGAUAUUCACGGCAUUAUGUUUGUUUAUGAUUUAAGUAAUGUUAAGAGUGGUGAGCAUUUACGUCAUUGGAGUAAAGAACUAUGUACUACCCAGAGCCUUAAAGGUUGUGUCUUGCCAUCAUCAACUGGAAAGAAACAAAACUAUUCAACCUUGCAAGAUGUACCAAAACUUGUUGUUGGUAGUAAGAAAGACUUGUUAUCUCGAAAUGAUCGAACACACACCAUGGAACCAAUGGGGUUUGUAGAGUUUCGUACAGCUUCAUGCAUUGAAUCGAGUGCGAAGCCAUUGAUGAUGGAGCCUAGUGGUGCCUUUGAUACGUUUUUGCUACAGACACUAGCAUUUGCUAAUCGAGGGCAUGGCAGAAACAGUUUCAACCAUAACAGCAACAAUAACAGUUUGGGACUUCGACAAACAGCGAGUAGAACUGUUGACCAAGGUAAUGAGAGAUCGGUAUUUUGUACCGAACUUAAUAAUCCUGGAGCACCGAUGCCGCCGUUGUCCACAGGUUUAGACAAUGGUCGCUCCCGCUGGUGGUAG